AUGGACCCACCAUCCGGCGUGCCACAGCCCAAGGCCAUUCUUCGCGGCCACAAUGCACAGGUUCACGCCGCCACCUUUAUUCGGGAUAACGAGAGACUUGUGACUGCGGAUGCCGAAGGCUACCUCAUUGUAUGGGACCUCACCAUAAUGCGGGCAAAGGCUGUAUGGAGAGCCCAUCAAAAGACGGUUCUUGGGGUCCAAGAGUGGGGUCCCAACAAGCUCAUCACGCACGGGAGGGAUCACGAAUUGAUCGUCUGGAAGUUUGGCGCCCAAGAUGAGUCUAGCCUGAGCCAGAUCCCACCUCUCGACAGCGUCACCGAUGAUCGUCCCAAGCCAUGGACCCAGCAUGUACUCCCUGUAAAUUCGAUGAACUUCUGCGCAUUCUCCAUGGCGUCAUGCAAGGCAGGCCAGAGCAUCGCAGAUUCACCUGAGGUCCUGAUCGCUGCUGCCAAUCCUACUAUACUGGAAGGGGUGGACAUUUAUCACCUGCCCAGUCAACACCGCAUCCACACCCUGAAGCCCCUCCCGAGUGCCGGAAUGCCCAUGGCGGUCUCCCUCUUUCACCUAGACAGUAGCCUCCACCUCAUCACCGCCUACGAGAAUGGGGCGGUGGUCCUCUUGAGAGCGAAUCUGCACGCGGGAGAGUGGAUACCUCUGUACAAGAGCCAAGCACACUCGCAGCCUAUCCUUUCUUUUGACGUCUCGCCCUGCUUCACCCACUUCAUCACCUCUGGCGCCGAUGCUAUCAUUGCCAAACACCCCAUCCCCGCAGCGAACCAUGUCCGCGGGCCGCAGCAUGCACAAGACACCCCUAUGAAAACCGUCAACACUAAGCAUGCCGGACAGCAAGGCCUAAGGAUUCGCUCCGACGGCUCCAUUUUUGCCACCGCGGGUUGGGACUCCAAGGUUCGGGUAUACUCGGCCAAGUCGUUGAAGGAGGUUGCCGUGUUAAAGUGGCACAAAUCCGGCUGUUAUGUGACUUCCUUUGCUUCCUUGCAUGCCACCCAGGCGAUCGAUGCGAGUCUUCAACCAGCAGAUGUCAGCGGUGACGCGAAAGGAACCGCUGCGGUGAGCCGGACGAGCGGCGAUGCUGUCACUGGCGCCCAAAUCACAAGCCCUGCUUUCUUCGACGUAAAGGCGAGGCGGAUCAACCAUGCCAAGACUGCGCACUGGAUCGCGGCAGGAAGCAAGGACGGAAAAGUGAGCUUAUGGGAUAUCUACUGA